UAGUAGUUAUUCUGAAAAUAUCUUGUAUAGUCAUUUGCUAUUACAUUUAAAUUUCUAUAAAACUAAUCAUUCGAAAUGGAUAUGGAAAUGCCUAUGUAUUUCGAGUUUUCAAAAUCCGCAACAGUUCUGUUCAAAGCCUGGAAAUUUGACAGUACACUUGGAUUGGUGGUAUCCAUAAUAGGAGUAUUUAUACUGGCGUUUAGUUGUUCAGCAUUAAAGUAUCUCAGGGACUACCUCAGAGCUAAACAUACAAAAAGGGUGACUAUUUUAAGUUCAGCUCAUAUUAUUCAAACGCUGUUACAAGCAUUUCAAGUUGCUAUUGGUUAUUUUCUUAUGGCUAUAGUGAUGACUUAUAAUGGAUGGUUAAGUUUAGCAGUGAUAUUUGGACUCGUAACCGGAUACUUUGUAGCACAGCGUUAAUAUUUUAUUAAAAAAAUUAUUAUUUAAAGUUAUUUUUACUGUAAUAUAUUAUGUCGAUUUUUCUUA